AUGAACUAAUUUAUGCAGAAAACUAAGUCACCAGCAUCGGUCACCAGUCGUGAUGCGAAACAAACGAUUUUUUAAUUUAAAUCCUCCAAUCACUUUGCAGAUUAUCGCGUCCCUGGGAUACAUAGACGCACUUUUACUCAUCAGGCUGCAGUUUUGAAAAAGUCCCUUGAGAUAGAACACGCUCUUCCAAAAAGCCGAUUUUAAAGGAAAUGGAGAAUAUUCGAGAACGAUCCACGGCUUCAAAAACUAAAGAAGCAACAAAAACAAAAGAAGCUAAAGAGAGCAGUUUACAAACCGCAGGGAAGUUUGUGAUAGCAAAUCAAGUUUGGCAAAAAUCAACUGCAACCCGAACUAGUGACGUUGUCAUUAUCUUUCCACCAAAUACUGAAGAGAAAAUUGUGAUGGGGCUAUUGUCACGCAUGCGUUCACGUAUACCGGAAGUUGAAAUCCACGUUCGAAUGAUGACCGAUAAACAGGCAUACGGGUUCUUUCUUACGUCAUCCAUCGAAGUGUUUCUGGAAAAAGCAGAAGAAAUGGAGUUGAAAAAGAAACUUAAGAAUGGGGGAAUGGCCGAGUUUGAAGUGGAAAAUAAAAAUGAAUUCCUGAACAUCGAUGAUCCGGAAUUAUUCUUCACAUCUGGAGACCGUCAGAGUAUAAUUAUGGAAUUUGUGAAUAAUAUGAGAGCCAUAGAAGGCGACGAGAUAGCGGGGAUAAAGUUUGUUCCUGGUCAAACCAUUGUUCCCAAGCUCUUGGUCGAGGAAGUGAUUCAGCAAAUCUUUCCUCUGCACGACAACGAUGAUUUAGUCAAUCUUCGCAAGACUUGGGUUAAAGCUUUCUUUAAAGCACAACCUUUAGAUGAUAUUCGAGAUUAUUUUGGAGUAAAAAUCGCCCUGUACUUUGGUUGGCUGGGAAUGUAUACGAAAUGGUUGUUUGCGCCCGCGAUCCUCGGUAUCGUUAUGUUUGUUUUGAUGGAUUUCGGAGAGGUCAUAAGAGAUUGGUGCAUGUUUACAUUCAGUAUCUUCAACAUUGUCUGGGCGACGCUCUACCUAGAGGCCUGGAAACGAAAAUCUGCAGAGUUGGCAUACAGAUGGGGAACACUGGAUAUGCCGUCCGAGUACCUCAAGGAUCCCAGGGUGCUCUUUGAGGGAGAUUGGAAACCAAGUGCAAUUACUGGGAGAAUGGAACCAAAGUAUCCUUCAUGGAAACGCAAUGUUUUUAGAUAUUGCGUCACGCUUCCCGUGAUCCUCUUGUCAUUGGUUGUCGUAUUUAUUGUAAUGAUCGUUGUAUUUGAGUUUCAACGAUGGGUUGAUGGCAUGGAUAAUCCACCAAAAUGGCUCAAGUUCCUACCAAAGAUAGCGUUAGCAGUUUCUAUUGGAAAAAUGGACGAUAUCUAUAAAAGAAUCGCAUAUAAACUGAACGACCAAGAAAAUUAUCGUCUUGAUCAAACGUAUGAGAAUCAUCUCAUUGUAAAGCUAGUUUCUUUCCAAUUCUUCAAUGCAUAUUUGUCUCUUUUCUACAUCGCUUUCUCCCUCAUGAACUUUAACAAACUUAAAGAACAACUAGGUGCUUUGUUAAUUACAAAACAAGUGAUCGGAAAUGUGAAAGAGACACUUAUACCAUUCAUAAAACAAAAAGUAAAGGAGUUUAAAGAGAACAAAAAGAAAAAGAAAGGCGAAGAAAAGACAGAAAAAGUGAAGAAAGGUAACGAAAAUAUUGACGAGGACGAAACAAAUAAUUUGGAGACAACUAAAACAAAACAACCUGAAAUUGAGGCAGCCAUGCCUGUUUAUGAGGACACGUUUGAAGACUAUUUGGAAAUGUUCAUCCAGUUUGGAUACGUUGUUUUAUUCUCCAGCGCCUUUCCACUUGCGGGCCUAUGUGCACUUCUCAACAAUGUCAUAGAGAUUCGUAGCGACGCGUUUAAACUUUGUACAAACCUACAAAGACCGUUUGGAGUACGCGUCGAAAAUAUUGGCACCUGGCAGGACGCAAUGGAGUUAAUGGGAGUGAUUGCUGUUAUUGUUAAUCUUGCCUUGUUGGGAAUUGGUGGAUCAUUAACCCGACUGUUUCCGGGAAUGACGUCAGCACAGCGCAUUUUACUGAUUGUAGCAAUGGAGCACGUGGUACUGGCAAUUAAGUUUGCAAUAUCCUACGCUAUCCCUGAUAUCCCUGAAUGGGUGGAGAACGAAAUCGCUAAAGUGGAGUUUAGAAGACGGGAAGCUGAGAAAAAUGAGAAAGCUUCCAAGAUGAUGCAAAAAUUCGUCAAAACAAAAGGCGAAUCAAAAGUUUAAUUAAAUCAACAUUAAAGCAUCGACAGAAAUCGCAACACGCUCACGAUGAAAACUGGACAUAGUCACAACCCUUGCUUUUGUUCGAUGGUAAAUUACCAUCUGACAGUUUAUUUUCAAUGGUAGAUUACCAUCAUUUUUGUCGUAUUUCGUAUUUUAUUGCUCAUUUGUGCAUUGUGAUUGUAAAAGUUUACGGCAUUUAAACUUUUGCUGCGUAAACAAGAAAUGAAAAAGAGGAAAA